GCCUAACCGGAAUAACAAGUUUCGAAUUCCCUGUCCACGCUGCUGCAGUACUGAGAAGGCUGUGUCGGACCGCGUUGGCUCUACAACCUGUUUGAGAGAGAACGAUAUACUCCGCAAUUUGAUAUUCCCAAAAUGGAGUCCCUCGUCGCGCCGGUGACAGCAGCCGCAGUAAGCGCUCUUGCAGCGGGCGUCUCUUACCUGGUCUACCGGCGGUUUGCUCACCAGCCAUCCUGGCCAAAGGGAAAACAAAAUUGUGCUUACGCCCAAAAGGUGGUCCCUAAGAAGAAGAAAAUUCAGCUCGCCCUCAACUCACUUGAAGAUUUCACGCCGAGUGGAGAAAGCGUACCGGUUCAUGACGUAGCCGCGUUCUUCACCAACCGUGGGAACGAGUUUUCUACCUACGGCGUAGACUGGGAACAAGAGGCAGUGGUGCUUAUCCGACCUGUGGACGGCACAGACAUGAAAAAACACCCCUUUUUCCGCGAGGCCCAGAGGAGGAACGCAGCCGAAGUUCUGGUCAUACCAUUUUCGCAACUGCAGGCUGCCGUGGACAGCAUCGCUGACAAGAUUGCGCAUGUGCAGGAGGUUUUCGUGUACAUGACAGCUCGAUGUGGUUCUACCCUUCUGCUCCGAGCAGUUGAAGCCACAUCGGUGGCACAGUCGUGCAAUGAACCGGAGGUGCUGGACACCAUCUGCCUCGAAAUCAGCCGAUCAAGGCGCAAGGGUGAGAACCCCUCUUCCCACCACACCGGGCAAGCCCCUGCAGUUCUCCUGAACGACGCAACGGCCGUGGAGCUGCUGAAAAAUGUCGUCUCCUUGUUAAGCUACAACCUGGUCACAUCAGACCCCCGGCAUCGCUCGGUCAUCUUCUACAAGUUACAAUCCGGUCCACUCCUAGCCGCCGACGCCAUGUACCGCGCCUUUCCCACCGCCAAAACUGUCUUUCUAUACAGAAACGGCGUAGAGUUCUAUGAGUCUUGGACGCGGCUUUGGUGCAGGAAUCAGGCCGUGUACAGGGCGUUCAGGUCUCUCGUUCGUUUUGGUCUAUGGAGGUGGGUUCCCGAGGUUCCGCAUGACUUCAGAAUUGUGGGAGACGAUCCGAAAUUCUCCACAGUUCGUUAUCACGGCUCUUAUUACCACUACGUGGUAGCACGAUGGCUUAGCGGCAUGCAGCGAGCUGUGGAGGUACGGAGGAAGUAUCCAGAGCACUUCUUCCACGCCGUGGUCAACUACACGGCCUUGGCGAGGGAUAAACAAGAGACGCUGCACCUUCUGAUGAAGAAGCUUGAGAUAGAGUGGAAUCCAGAGGACAUGAAAGAAGAGAGAAAGAGGCUGAAAAAGGCUUUCGCAGAAGACAGCCAGUCAGGAACAUUUUUAAGUCACAGAUCAAGCGCACCUGGCGAGAAAUGGGCGCCCUGCACCUCACCCUCAUGGAUUGGAGAAUGGGAACGAGAGUACAUCUCUCACGUCUGCCGAGAAUCUGGGAACGACAUCCCUGGUCCUGACUUCAUUCUUCCAGACUCCAUUGUUUGAAAAGGUUGAUUUUACCUUUCGUAAGGCCAUACUUAUUUUUCAGUGUGGUUUGUUUUUGUGGACAUUAUGACUUGUGAACAAGAAGUUUUUUUCAGUUGGUGACGUUUUCCAUCGAAAACGAUUGCAUUGUAGUUUAUCUUUUUAUUUUAUAAGCUUAUUUCGUUGUAGCUUGAUAAUUAGAUUUUUGUGUGGAUUUUUGCUGUUAUGAUUUUAUAGUAGGUUUCCAUUUGCUCGAAACGGUAGCCCAGUGACGGCAGUAUUACAAUUUGAGGAGAAUUUGACACAGGAACGUGACUUAAUUAGCCUUAAAAACGAACUUGUAGGUAUUAUUCGAGCGAACUUCCCUUUUACCUGUUUUAAUAUCGUCUUUCUUUCGUAAUGUAACAAUUUGGCGGAGUUUGUGCAUUUGGUGUAGGGCUGAUAUCAAUUAGGUUUUUAUAUAAUACCAUGGUCAAGUAUUGAACCAAAGCAAUCUAAAAUGAUUACA